AUAAAUACCUCGGAGAGGUCGAGCUGCGCGGCGAUACGAGGGUUAAAAAUCGAUGGAGGUAGCUUGCGUUGUUAUAGAGAUACAUUCAAACAAGAGGUCUGAAAUGUCAGAUUAUAUAUGAAUCAACUCGAUCAUCGCGAAUAUGUUUCGGCGAUUUAUACACUUUUAAUAUCACUAAAUACUUUGGUAUCGACAUGGCAAGUCUACCCCUUUUACCGGGAUACAUCUUUCGAGAUGUUAGCAUCAAGGAUUAUAAAUUGCCGCACAAGCUCGACAUUUCAAACGGCUUUCCCGUGAUACGCGACAGCAAUUAUAGCUUCGGUAGGAGACCGACAGACGCAGCAUCCCUUCGAUAUGCCGAAUGUCCACAGCCAGUUGUAUAUGAUCCAUCACUGACUUAUGGCCGAGUGCCUCGGUACGCGUUUCGGCAAUUCGUGCCGCAUUACGCAUUGUUUGCGCAAAAAUGUCUCCGAUUCAAGGCCUUCUUUCGUCAAGGGAUCUUUGACUCCCCGGACGAGCACUAUCGCAUUCGCCACGUGGAUAUCAUUUAUUACCUAGAAGACGAUACGCUCUGCGUGAUAGAACCGGUAGUGGACAAUGCCGGUUUCCAGCAGGGCAAAUUAGUGAGGCGCGACAAGAUCCCGAAGAACGCCAAGGGGGACCCAUUCAUCUGGAAGGACUUUAACGUCGGGAUCAACGUGUGUAUUUACGGUGUGGUAUAUCGUAUCGUCGACUGCGACCCGUUCACCAGGGAAUUCUUGACGAGCCAAGGCAUCGAUGUCGGCGAAAAGGAGAGUCUGCCCGCGGAUCCUUACGCGGAGCAGCGUAAGAUCAAGCAGGAUGGGACGAUUGAAAGGAUUGUUACGCGAAUGAUGAGCGACGAUCCUAGACGACGUUUUCUAAAGUUCGAUGGCAUGGUGCUGUCAUUCGACGCUACGUGGAACGACGAUCAUUAUCGGGUGUUGUAUUUUUUAACGGAUGAUACUGUGGCCAUCCGCGAGAUUCACAAGCCCAACGACGGCAAGGACCCCGUGGCGAUGUUGCUCAAGCGAACGCGUGUACCUAAAAAUUGGCAAAGUUUGCCUUCCUGGCAUCCGAGUAUCUACAUGGAAUAUGGAGAUCCCGAAAUCAUCGAGUAUUAUACACCGCGAGAUUUUAGAAUAGGCGAGACGAUCCUCUUGUACGGCCGAAGCUUCCUGCUACAUGACUGCGACGAUUUUACACGAAAAUACUACUCGGACGUGCUGGGCACUCCACAAGCGGAUGCGAUUCCGGUUCCCGUGAAAGACGAGAAAUUAAUGCCAGUCAAAUGCGAAUCGCCGUAUAUAAAAUUCGACAGUCCUGAAGAUACGUAUGUCAGCAGUCCGUCCUUCGUGUCGAGACCGAUUAGCAAAAAUGUCAUUCGUCAACUGAUCAAUUUUCCGAAGAAACUGCGCUAUUCUAUGCGGAUGGAUGCGGUGCAUCCGGAAGACGAAGACCGCGACUUUGUGCUGGAAUACAGAUUGAGCGACGGUGCCAUUCAAAUCGUCGAGAGGGAGAAGCGCAAUUCUGGCCGGAAUGAGGGUUGCUUUCUAUCCUUCAGGCUGAUCCCGAAACCGUGUAAUACGAAAAGAGACGAUCCGGAGUAUUAUACGCCUGAGGAUUUUUUUGUGGGUGCGCGUAUCAACAUAUUGAAUCAUCGCUUCGUCAUCACCGGCGCCGAUUUGUUUGUAUAUCGCUAUGUAGAGGCGAAUCGCGACAAAUUUUGCCAGGAGGUUCGGGAGAAUCUGCGUAACUACUUUCUACAGCAAGGCAUGCUGCAGAACGAUGUGGACGUCGAAGCUAGAAAGAUACAGGAGAGGGAGGAUGAAUGCAAACUCGUUGCAGAUACGAAUGAAAAGAUUGAUGAUAAUGACGCGAGUAAAUGCAUGGACGAAGAAGCUAAUAUAGCUAGCCAUGAAAAACGAUAAUGUCUUGUUUCAAAUCAAAUAAUAUGGAAAUGAUGUUUAAUGCGAAUUUCCUAAUUGAUUUGACCUGCAGUGUCCGUCAACAAAUUUUUCAGCGGUUUUUCUUCGUCUCUAUAGUAUGACCUUAUAUGCAGAGCAAUUUGAAUAAUAUCGAUGAACUUUAUAGUUGGAAAGUCCUUGAAAUGAAUUAGAAAUCGAUUAUUCCAUAUGAUACUUCUUAAAUGAAAGCAAUCGAAUUCCCGGCGACUUUCAAAUUAUUAAAAGUUAUAAUUGUCAACUUUAAACAACCUUCAAGAAUAAAGAUUGAUAAAAAUUUGUUUUUUAUUGUUCAGUUUCAUAGAUUUUAAUCAAUUAAAUGUUCAAAAUCUGAUAAACUUCAAGAGAUUAAAAUACAAAAAAAAACGUGAGAAAGAU